GUUACCUGUCUGUUUGGAUGACGCUGAUUUCAGCUGGAAAUUUUUAAAAGCAUAAAUCUGAAAGAAGGGGAACCUCGUGUUCCAUGUCAGUGACGUUAACUGCUAUGAGUUCCGAAAUGGCAGAUUUCCAUGACGUGUGGCAAGAUAUAGAAAGUGUUCUUUUAGGUGAUUCUAAUCACCAAGAAGUCAGAAACAUGUAUUCUCCCAGUCAGAUAAGAAGUAGCCAAAUUUCUCUUCAAAAUUAUCCGCCGACAGAAAAUCAACAUCAACAAAGUGUAAGCAGAUUGAAUACAGAUUACUCGAGUAGCACCCACAAUAAUUACCGCACUUACAAAAGAGAAACGAACAAUUACACACCUUACACAACUGCCACCACUCACGAUUUAUCCUACGGAUGUUAUCCUCAAUAUGGACAAUCUACUACUUCUUCCUACUCUAUAAGUUACGGAACACCUAUGGGAGCUACAGGAGGAUCAUACGGAGCUCCUCCCGUAUAUACAGGACAUUGGGGAACUUACGGAGGUCCAAUUCAUUCGCACAUGUCACCACCAGCCUCUCCCGAAACGUCAGCUCAAGGUUACGUAACACAGACAAAUUCCAUCGACCACUAUAGUCAAGCUCAAAUGGUAACACACCCGCGCGGCCCACCGAGUGUCAUACAGCACCCGGUCUAUCAAACCAGCUCAUUACCUCACGUGUCACACCUGCGUAUGGUGACUCCACCGUCAUCACCCCAUCUAGCAGACCUUUUAGCCAACAACAACGGGGUCUAUAACAAUGGAGGAAUAUCAACAGGUGCCACUGUAUGUCUGGCACCUCCCCAACCUCUACCGCCUGCGAAAUCUAGAAGAGGGCGUAGGAGCAACGGUAGGAAAAAGAUAACCAUUCAUACCUGCUCACAUCCCGCCUGCAACAAGACUUAUACCAAGAGCUCUCAUCUGAAGGCUCAUCUGAGGACCCAUACGGGUGAAAAACCUUACCAGUGUACGUGGAAAGGUUGUGGAUGGAAAUUCGCCAGAUCUGACGAACUAACAAGACAUUUUCGUAAACACACGGGCGAUAGGCCCUUCCAGUGUAGACUGUGCGAAAGGGCUUUCUCUCGUUCCGAUCAUCUCUCUUUGCAUAUGAAGAGACAUGCCGCUGUCUAGAUGCCAAUAAGAUAUAUAAAAUUUAAACAGAUUCUAGUCUUCAAUUCAUUAGACUGUUAAUUCAUACCCUCCAGGCCAAGCCUUUGAGGCUUCGUUUGAACUAUUGAAUCGCAAAGAAUCCAUUGGAAUGUUGAUCUACAGGGCGUGGUUGAUCAAAAGCAUUUGCUGUGAAGCAAACCAAUCGCUCUGCAGAUCGCCAUCGAAUCUAAAAAUCUCACGAACAACAACUGGAAGACGAAUUUUACGACUAUGAAAUCAAGAAUCUAUGAGAAGACAAAUUAUUCUAUAGACAUAAUAUUCAACGAGAGCAAUACCUGAUACAAUUAUUUGCCAAAAUAGGCCUACUUAAACUCAUUUCUUAAAUAUUUUGAAAGAAAAAACAAGAACUGUCAGUUUAAAUAAAACGAAUAUGCCCUAUUUUUUAUGGUAAGAGACUAUGUUAACCUCUGUAUAUAUACGAUAUAUUGUAUGCGUGGCUGUAUGUGAACGUUGUAAAUAUAUAAAAUUAAAUGUUUGAAUUGUAUUUUAAUGUUAAAAUUAAUUUUGAAAAAUAGUAGAUUAGUUUUAUAUUUUGUGAAAUUAAUCAGUAAAAAAAACAAAAAAAACAAAAAAAAAUUUGGAUGAUUUAUCGAAGAAAUUCAAGGUUGAUCGUGAUAAAUUUUAAGAAUUGUAAAUUCAUUUAAAUUAAAUGUCAUUC